CUUAUCCACCUGAGUAGCUGAGUCUUCGAGACUUCGACUAACACUAAAUCGUAAAUGCGUAACAGUAGUCACUUUUAAAACUCAUUAUUAUUUAAUAGUUUUUACUGUUAAUAGUUAAAAUUUAAUUAAUUAGUUACUAAACAAUAUUGUAUAUUGUUCUUUACUGGCGGUUCAACAAUUUAACAUCUUCUUCAAUCGUUUAUUUUUCGAUCGAUUGUUAGUACUGUGAUUUGUACAGCAGUAAAUUGAAUAACUAAUAAUACAAUUGAAAUUCUGGAAAAUAAUCAUGGCUGAAAGUUCGAGCCUAUGGACGACUAAGCAAAGGAUUCGUCAUUUAGAUCUACCCAUCAAAAACUUUGUCGAGAACGCAAUUCCUUACCAAGUGGAGACAUUGAAAACAUUAAAAUCCAAUCUUUCCAAGCAAAGACGUUUAGAAAACCGUAGCAGUAUGCGUCAAUUACAAAUGAAAGCCUCACAAUCCAUCAAACGCGCUAGAGCAUUAUUAAGGGAGAUGGAAACCUUAAGAAAUCAAGUUGCUGUUGUCGAUCUACAGAUCUUUGAUAACUCAAUGAAUCCAAGCAAACAAUUGUUAUUGGAAGCAAUCGAUAUGUUUAGAAAUGAAGAUUUAGAUGAAUACAAAUCUAGUGCUAUACCAGAAGAAAAUUAUAAAGAUAAUACUGAACAACUAGAAGUAGAGAAUCAAAAACGCAUGUUUUUAAUAUCCAUUGAAGAAGAAAAACAAAAACAGGAAAAAAUGUUAGCAAUUGAAUCCGAUGUUAAAAAUGUUGAGAAAGACAUACAAGGUAUUCAAGAUCUGUUUCGUGAUCUCAGCAAAUUAGUAAAUGUACGUAUUAGAAUCUUUUAAAUGUCAUCUAUUUAU